GCGCAUGCGUUUGUAGUGAGGGGGGUUGGAGGGAGAUGAGGGAGAGACAAACCCGGCCGCCUGGAUCUUGGAGCGGGCACCGACUGUACCGCCUCGCCGCUAAGGGGACUGACACCACGGCAGCUUUCCGCAUUUCAGCGGAAAUCAAGGAGAGUGGGCUGGGAGGAGAUUUUAUUUUUUCCAAAAGAAAUUAAGAAAAUAAAGGUGUGAAGAGAGCUGUUGAGCCAAGGCCUCUUCACCCCUCCCCUUUACUUUUUACCCCCCACUCCCCCCUUGUCUUCUUCAUCCAAGCCUUCCUCCUUGGAACCGGGUCUUCUCGCUCCGUGAAGCCCCUGGUUUCAAGGCGAAGGUGUGUGUUUAUUUUUGUUUGGGGGGGAGGGGGGGUUGGGGACAAAUACACACAGGGAUAGAGAGAGAGAGAGAUGGCUCGACCGAGGCCGAGAGACUACAAGGCUGGCGAUCUGGUCUUUGCCAAGAUGAAAGGCUACCCGCAGUGGCCGGCGAGGAUCGAUGAGCUCCCAGAGGGAGCAGUGAAACCACCAGCAAAUAAAUAUCCUAUUUUCUUCUUUGGAACUCAUGAGACUGCCUUUCUGGGACCUAAAGACCUUUUACCUUACAAAGAAUAUAAAGAUAAAUUUGGAAAGUCUAACAAGCGAAAAGGUUUCAAUGAAGGUCUGUGGGAGAUCGAAAACAAUCCUGGCGUCAAGUUCACAGGAUAUCAGGACAAAAACAUGCUGAUUGUUGGCAAGUCGACUCUGACUGAUGCGUUGCCAUGGAGAAAACAGCGGGGAACUAUAGGCUUCCCAAGCUCCUGGGCAAUACAGCAACAGAGUUCUUCAGAGACAGAGGGAGAGGGAGGAAAUACAGCAGAUGCCAGUAGUGAAGGUGAAGGGGGUGAGAUAAUAGAUGAGGAAGGAAAAACUAAAAGCAGAAAUGAAAAAGGAGGCUCCAAACGAAAAAAAGCUACUUUUAAGAAAUCUGCAAAGCAGUUGCGGAAAUCCUCUGAUCAGGAAGGCAAAGAUGAAGGUGAUAAGGACAUCAAGGAGGAGGAAAGCAAGAGUGGCUCAGAAGCAGGAGAGGCAGACGGUGAUACAAAAAAUGUUGCUGAACAUCAGAAAAUGAAUGAAGAGACUUUGAUCAUCUGAAUUCUGGCCACUAAACACGGAGGGAGCACUUCUUGGCCGUCAAGUAUUGGAUAUUUUACAAAUGAUCAUUCCUUCUGCCACUGUCGACAUCAAUUUGCAGUUUGUGCAGGCUUUUCUUCAUUGUGCUACUGAUUAUAGUUUUGCGCACAUGCCAGUCAGUAAAAACAAACAAAAAUGUCUUUUAUUUUAUAUUCCCCUCCUUUGUGGAAUGUUGUGAGCAACAUUCCACCUCCCAUUUCACAGCACUUCAUUCUUAUAAUCGCCUUGCUGUUCUGUCAUGGAGAAAGGAUAUGAUAUUUAUUUUUGAUGCUUGCUUUAAAUGUGAAAAAUAACUUUUAUUCUCGUGUUCAGCUCAGUUUUAUUCUCCCCUGUGCCAUCUGUUCAUGGGAUUUUUUAAGCAUUUAUUUAGUAUCUUUACACAAAAAAAAUGUCUGUUCUACGGCUGUUCAGAAAUGACUGUCUAGUAGAAUAAAAUUUAUGGAAUGCA